GAUGCUCACAUACACCAUCUGUCAGGAGUUGCACAACUAUGUGAGAUUGCAGGCUUGGAGUGCUUUUAUUAUCUGAUUGUAGAAUCGUUGAAAACACCAUAUAGUCUUACUAGUAUGGCCUGAGCAUUUUCAACAAGUUGACAUAUCAGUAUUGGCAGAACAGUUCUGCUUCCCAGUUGCCAGUGGCUGUAGCAUCUCAUCCUGAUUUCUCUUGGGGCCACAACUGCUGUACUCAUUCAGUACAAUUUCAUGUGGUGAAAUUUAGUCAUAUCGGUGAACAGACGACAUUCAACAAUUCAGGAAAGAAUCGGCAGUCAGGAGGAAAUAAUCCAGGAAAAGGAAGAACAAGCAGAUCAAGAUGUGUAGCUCUGUGGCGGCCAAGUUGUGGUUUUUGACAGAUCGUCGAAUCAGGGAAGACUAUCCCCAAAAAGAGAUUUUACGAGCAUUAAAGGCCAAAUGUUGUGAGGAAGAGUUGGACUUUAGAGCUGUGGUGAUGGAUGAGGUGGUACUGACAAUCGAGCAAGGAAACCUGGGUCUACGGAUCAAUGGAGAACUAAUUACUGCCUACCCCCAGGUGGUGGUAGUGAGAGUACCCACCCCUUGGGUGCAGAGUGACAGUGACAUCACUGUUUUGCGCCAUCUAGAGAAGAUGGGAUGCCGGUUGAUGAACCGACCUCAAGCCAUCCUGAACUGUGUUAAUAAGUUCUGGACAUUUCAAGAGUUGGCUGGCCAUGGUGUUCCUCUGCCAGAUACUUUCUCUUAUGGUGGUCAUGAAAAUUUUGCUAAAAUGAUUGAUGAAGCAGAAGUCCUGGAGUUUCCCAUGGUAGUGAAGAAUACACGGGGUCAUAGAGGCAAAGCUGUUUUCUUGGCUCGAGAUAAACACCAUUUGGCUGAUUUGAGCCAUCUUAUUCGCCAUGAAGCUCCAUACCUGUUCCAGAAGUAUGUUAAAGAGUCUCACGGACGGGAUGUGCGUGUCAUUGUCGUGGGAGGCCGUGUGGUCGGUACCAUGUUACGUUGUUCAACUGAUGGAAGGAUGCAGAGUAACUGCUCACUAGGCGGAGUGGGGAUGAUGUGCUCAUUGAGUGAACAAGGGAAGCAGCUAGCUAUCCAAGUGUCUAAUAUCCUGGGGAUGGAUGUGUGUGGCAUUGACCUAUUGAUGAAAGAUGACGGCUCCUUCUGUGUCUGCGAGGCCAAUGCAAAUGUAGGUUUCAUCGCCUUUGAUAAGGCUUGUAAUCUAGAUGUAGCUGGUAUCAUAGCGGACUAUGCCGCCUCCCUCCUGCCCUCUGGCCGGCUCACCCGGCGUAUGUCCCUGCUCUCCGUGGUGUCCACGGCCAGUGAGACUAGUGAGCCGGAGCUGGGUCCUCCAGCCAGCACUGCUGUCGACAACAUGAGCGCAAGUUCCAGCUCUGUUGACAGUGACCCUGAAAGCACGGAGCGAGAGCUGCUCACCAAGCUCCCAGGGGGCCUGUUCAACAUGAACCAGCUGCUAGCCAAUGAGAUCAAACUCCUGGUGGAGUGACUCCACUGGGAAAUAGUUAACCAACAAAACCCGUGUAAAACUCACUUUCUUUUCCUUCUUUUCCCCCCUUUCUUUCUUUCCUUUUUUUUUUUUUUUUUCCUCACCAACUUGCAAUGCUGUUCAUGGAAGGUACUCAGGAAGAUGAGAGAAAAUGGAGUAGGAUUAGGUGGGAGAGAGGAUGAGGGAUAUAGGUAGACCUCUGCUAUUGGUAUGUUACUGGCUUGUUUAAGAAUACUGCAGAGAGGCAGAAGAGAGGAGGUGCAGAAAAAUGUCCGGCCCUUAAAGUUAACCUGUUAAGUUACUCAAAAAUGUGUAUACUCUCAGGCCAUGAAGAACAUACAGUUUUUUCUCAUGGUCCCUUUUGUUUUUGUAUAGUUACUACAAAAUUUAGAAUAGGAUAACUUUACGUUGUGUUGCAAAGAUUUGUGAUGGGCGAGGAAGAUACCUAAAUGAUAGGAAUUUUUCACACAAAUCUGAAAAUUCUGCCUUUACCAUGUAAACUAGCAACUUUAUGUCCAUAGUUUAUGAAAUCUUGAAGAGCUCUUUUAUUGGGAUUUAUAAUUUUUGUGUUUUGGUUUUUCCCUUAAUUUGGGUGGGAAGGCAAUAUUAAUAUGACCCAAUAAAGGUUUUUUUUUUUAAUGACAGAAUUGGCAUUUCUGCAUGAUAAAAGGGAAAUGAACAGUAUUGCAAUUCUGGUACACAAGAUGACAUUUACUCCAAUGUAGAUAAAAUUACACUAGUUUAAAAUAUGUGCAUUGACUUGUAUUUGUUAGUGUUUUAAUCUUUUUUGAAAGAUAAUGCUCUGUUAAUGUUGCAGUUUUUUUUUAAUACAUGCUAGUCUAACAUUCCCUGAUCUAUGCCUGCAUCUUUAACAAUAGCCAAAGUGAAGAAAGUGCUACCUUUUUUGUUAACAAGACACUGACUUGAAACAUGUGCAUUUAAAGCCUUUUAUUUUUUCCUUUUUUCUUUUGGUGGUUGGGCAUUUAAAGUAUAAGGACAAGGAAAAAUAUUUUUUGGGGGGCAAAUCAAGGGUCUAUAAGUUCUUUAGUAUAAAGCUGAAGUGAUUUAUAAUACCAGCGUUAUAUAUUUGCAUUUUUCACAUUUUAGGAGGGAGUAUAUAUGUGUGUGUGUGCACGCAUGCAUGUGUAUGUGUUUUGCUUUUUGUUUACACCAAUCAAAAAAGGAUAGAUUAUAGAAAAUGGAGCAUGAUGGGGCAACAGUUUUUACUUUAAAAAACAGAUAAGUUGUUUUAAUAACUAUACUCCAGUGGGGUAGAGGUACUCUCUAAAGACAUAAAGAAAAUAGAUGCUUCUUAGGCCUUUUUAUGUAUAUGUAUGUUGUUUGGUUUUUUUCUUUGGUUCUAGACUGUUCAGUGUAUGAUUUAUUCAAGGCUACAUGCUUUUCUAUGCUUCCGGCUGUGCAUUUUCUCCUGUUCACGUCAUAGGUUUGAGGGUGGGGUGGACUGCACAUUUUUGUUUGGGGACUUAGCAGUAUUAAGUCUCUUAUAGCCCAACUCUGAAGCCUUCAAUACUGUCCAUUCUUUAUACUCCUUUAAUUUCUGAAUUUAUAAAAUCCCCAAAAUGGCAUAUUAAUAGGAGCCUUUAAAACAGGGGUAAAUCUGAAUAAUGGGUUUGGAAAGUGUGUUAAGAAAUGGAGAUGCUCCAGAGCUCAACGUAAUUUUUUUAAGCAGCAAGUUCCAUCUUACUACAACCCUCUGAAGCUUUUACCCGAGUCCUCUCUUGCCUCUCCAGUGCUUUUUUCCUUCAGAUGGACCUUAAACAUAAUUUCUUGGACACUACUAGAGAGACUUCGAGGCAAUAAUAAAGAUCAGUAUUAACCAGCUCUAACAGAGGUUUGAUCAUGCUUGUACAGUUUUUCCCCGUUUUAAAAAGGAAUGUAAUAAAAUUUGUUUUUUUCCAUAGAAUUAAAUAAUAUUAAAAUUGAGUGAAAGGUUGAUUGUUGACAAAUAGAAUAGUACCUCUAAUCUGUGCAGUGUCUUAUUUCACCUCAGAAAAAGAUAAGAGGAUUUUCUAAUUUACUUUAGGAUAUUCUAAUCUCCUAUAAAAGAAUUUGACUCACAUAGAGUUAUUUUGGGCCUUACAUACAUAUAUAAGUACCUCUGUCUCUUUAACGAAAAGAAAUACAUGGUACUUCUUUCUUUCACUGAAUGACCAUUGGAGGAUGCAUAAUAUUUGGGAUAGAGAAAUAAAUGAGAGAGAAAGAACUGCUUAAUUAAGUCAUUAUUCAUGUUUGUGUAGAGACCAUCUGAUUAUCACAUAAAUUAUGACACAUUAAAUAUUUACAUAUCACAUGUUUAUAGACUUAUUAAUUUUAUAACAUAAAAAGAACACCCUAUUUGAAAAACUCAGGGUUUGUGUUGGGUGGGGUAAGUCACUAGGAAAAAUGUAGAUACCCUUUAAAAAUUUUUUACCAAACUAAUCCACUGUAUUAUAAGAAUUAUCUGAGAUUAUUUCACCUUUAAUUUUAUUCACUACUGAUUGAUCUUUUGUGCAUUCACACUAUAGUAAAACAAUUUUACUGACCUAUUUCUGGAUCAUACACUCACAUGUUAAAAGGAAAAGGGUAGGAAUGGUCAUCUUAGACUUUAAAAACAUGGGUAUCUUCUUGAACUCAUUUAAAAAUUAAGGUAAAGAAUAUGAACAGAUCAUUUUGGAAGAACCCAAAUGAAAAUCCCAGAUAUUUACGUGAAAGUUAAAUAUAUUUUCCUAUUGUUUAACAACUUUUGUAUUAUCUUCAUUGCUAUUAUGAGAGGUAAAAAUGUAUUUAUUAAAUAUGUAUAAUUCUUAUCAUGCUCAAAUCUGAAUUAUUGUAAAAUUAUGUGUUGUUAAAAUUGUUAAUUCUUAAUUGUAUUUUAAAAGUAAUUCUGAUACUGUUACCUGUGAUGAAAACUGGACUAUACACACACAUGCACACAAAUAUACAAAUAUGAACUAUUCUAUUUAAAAUUUUUAAUAGUUUUUUUCUUUUUUUGGUGCCUAAUAAUUGGUUAUUUCUGCUGGCUUUUACUCCACUGAACUUUGAAAUCUUUGUGUGUAUGCUAUCAAUAAGAGAAUAUGCUGGAACAUUAGAAAAAUCCAUCAAGAGACUUGGUUUCAUCAAGCACUUUAUCAGACUUUGAGAAGAUAUCGAAGGCAUUGAAAGAAGUAAUUGACUUUCAAAAUCAUCUCUUCUUUUUCUCAAGAAGAAAACAGUGGAAAAACAGAUUCUCUUCAUUCAGUGAAUCCCCAGUUUGGGGUCGGGGGAGCUUAGAGACGUUGCGAAAUCAAAUCUUGUGUUACAUUUUUCUCCUGGCUCACUCUUUUUGAGAAGGUUUAUGGGCUAUUUGGCUGGUGAGACACGAUCCCCUCCUAAGAAAAUGUAGGUGCUCAGACAGGUAACCUCUGCUGCUACUGUUUUUAUUUGUUUGUUUGUUUGUUUACUUUCAUUUAAAAUUUGUUUUUGUUGUAUUAGGAUAUUUUAAAAUGUAAUAUAUUGCAGGAUUUAUAACCAGGUUCACUGCUUUCUUUUUUUUUUUU